UCACGUUUGAUAAUGCAUUUUGUGAAAGGCUGUGGGUGAAGCUGGGUGACGCGUGAUCACGUGACCUGGGCGUUUUGCCAAAACUUCAGAGCGGCGUUUGUAAACAUCAGCAUAGGAUGACAUCACGAGCCAGCAACACUGGAGCUUUUUAUUCGUUUCCCUCGGGGGAUUUUGCCUUCUCUUUAUCAAAAGCUCUGGAUAAAAACGGUGUUCUGAGAAACCAUCCUACUCUGACAAAACGGCUUUUUGAUGGCUCUCCGCUGCAAACAGUCACACGCAGUCGAGGCGAACUGUGUCCCACGCCACGGAAUUCUCCUUCGUUUCUUAUCUGAUGAGCAGAGAGAGGCAGACGAGCACGUUUUGGAUUAAAAACAGUAAACAAACAGAAAACCAGCUAAUACACUGCAUCAGUACCUAGAUGAUUAAUCUGCCUAUUUCUACCCGACAAACUCUGCAGCAACAAUGACUGAGAAGAAAAGGAAGCGAUCUGUGUCUGUUGAGUCGUCCAGUGAGACUCCAACCAGUUCACAGAUGAGUACCACUCCCAGCAUGAGUGAGAGUGACAGAUCCAAGUUUGAGCCCCUCGGCUUUGAAAGUUCACAGUCCAUGGGACCUGGAUCUGCAGCGCCAAGCGAUAUUUCUUUAAAGAGUGACAGAUCCAAGUUUGAGCCACUUGGUUUUAAGACACAAAGUUCACAGUCGACGGCUUCGUCUGAGUCCAUGUCAUUGAAGAGUGACAGAUCCAAGUUUGAGCCACUCGGUUUUAAGACACAAAGUUCACAGUUGCCAGCACCGUCUGGGUCCAUGUCGCUGAGGAGCGACAGAUCCAGGUUUGAGCCACUUGGUUUUAGGACAAAGACACUAAGACCAGUAACUGAGAAGCCAUCCACCUGUCCGGUUUGCAAAGAUGUUAUGAAGAAUCCAGUUCAGCUUAGCUGUGAACACUGGUGCUGCAAACUGUGUCUCAGCUCAGACCUGGAUGAGUCUGAAUCACCAGCAGACUGUCCUUGUCCUCAGUGUGGGAAGAAAUCCAGGAAAACAUUAAAACAAGAGACAGACAAGGAGGGAGACACAGGUAAAAUGAAUCUUUUGGAGGCAAAGAAGAAAUUAAAAGAAGCAAUGAAAGUGAAAUUUUCCUCAGUCUCUGAAGGUAAUGGUGACAAGCCGAGUUCACUAAACAACAUCUACACAGAGCUUCAUAUAACCACUGGAGAGAGUGAAAGGUCACGUGAAGAGCAUGAAGCCAGGCUGCUCGAACAUAAACGGAUAAGACACACUUCAGAACAACAAAUAAUAAAUCUAAAUGAUGUGUUGAAACCGUUGCCUGGUCAAGACAAACCUCACAGAACAGUUGUCACAAAGGGCGUCGCAGGAAUUGGAAAAUCAUUUUCUGUGCAGAAAUUCAUUCUUGACUGGGCCGAAGAGAAGGAAAACCAGGAUGUAGAUUUUGUUUUCAGUCUUGCUUUCAGAGAGCUGAAUUUGAUUAAAGGAGACAAAAGCCUACAUGAGCUCCUGACUUUAUUUCACCCCACACUGUCUGAUCUCAAAGAUUCAGUGGAUUAUACCAAAACCAAGAUUGUUCUGAUCCUGGACGGUCUGGAUGAAAGCAGGUUUCAGCUGGACUUUGAAGGCAUUAAAACUAUAACAUCUGUCAUGGAAGUAACAUCUAUGAGUAAUCUCCUAGCAAACCUCAUGCAGGGUAACCUUCUUCCUGAUGCAAACCUCUGGAUUACUUCCCGUCCAGCAGCAGCCAAUCAGAUCCCUGCAGAACAUGUUGACAUGGUGACAGAGAUAAGAGGGUUCAAUGAUCCUCAAAAAGCUGAAUACUUCAGGAGGAGAUUUAGUCAUGAUCCUGGUCUUGCUGAAAGGAUCAUUAAACAUAUUCAGUCUUCACAGAGUCUCGACAGCAUGUGUCAGAUCCCGAUCUUCUGCUGGAUUUCUGCAGUGUUAUUCCAGGAAGUCUUUGGAGGAGACGUUGAAACUGAAAUUCCUCAAACUCUUACAGAGAUGAUGUCAUACUUCCUGUUUGCACAAACAAAGCGUAGAAGCAGGAAAUAUGACAAGAAGGUUGAGACAAACAAAGAAAAGCUUCUGAAAACACACAAAGAAUUUCUUCUGAAACUCGGCAAGCUUGCAUUUGAGCAGCUGCUGAAGAACAACCUCAUCUUCUAUGAGGAAGACCUGGAAGGCUUUGGCAUUGACAUUAAGGAAGCAUCCAUCUACUCUGGAUUUUGCACCACAGUUCUUCGGGAAGAAGAAAUCAUUUCCCAGAAAAAGGUCUUCUUCUUUGUGCAUCUGACUCUGCAGGAGUUCUUUGCAGCUCUCCACGUCUAUGACUGUUUCAUAAAUAAUGAUACCAGACAGCUCAGCAGCUUCCUCGAUCUAAAGAGCCAAGAACAUACAUUACUUGAUCUUUUAAAGGUGACAGUUGACAAAGUGCUGGAGAAGAAAAAUGGUCACCUGGACUUCUUCCUGAGAUUCCUUCUUGGCCUCCUGGUUGGACCCAAUCGCAGAGUCCUUCAGGGUCUGCUGACUCCACCAGAUCAAAGUCAAGAUACUGACAAGAAAAUCUUGACUUAUCUCAAGUCUAUGCGAAGGAAGAACCUCUCUCCAGACAGCUGCAUCAACCUUUUCCAGACUAUGGUCGAGAUGAGAGAUCACAAAGUCAAAGAUGAGAUUCAGGAAUAUCUCGAACUGUCAGAUUGUUCAAAAACAGAGUUGACUCCCCUGCACUGCUCUGCACUGGCCUACAUGCUGCAGGUAUCGAAGAAUGAUUUGGAAGUCUUGGACUUAAAGAGUUACAACACAUCAGAUGAAGGCAGACGGAGGCUGAUACCAGCAGUGAGGAGCAGCAGAACAGCCUUACUAGCAGACUGUAAAGUGACUGAAGAGUGGGUUGAACAUCUGGCCUUUGGUCUCACCUUCCCUUUCUCGCCUCUACGACAUCUGGACCUGAGCAACAAUGAUCUGAGAGAUUCAGGAGUGGAGCAGCUGUGUAAAGGACUGUCGAGUCAGUGCUGCAGACUGAAAACUCUGAGGUUAUCUGGUUGUCUGGUGACAGAAAAAGGCUGUGAGUCUCUGGUCUCGGCUCUAAAGUCAAACCCUUCACACCUGAAAGAGUUGGACCUGAGCUACAACGAUCCAGGAGAAACUGGAGCAAAGAAGCUCUCUGAGCUGAAGGAUGAUAAACAAUACCAGCUCAGCCAGCUCAAUUUAGAACAUGGUGGAAGUCACCGGAAGAAACCAGGGUUCAAGAAAUAUGCCUGUGAGCUCACUCUGGACUCCAGCACAGCUCACAAGAACCUGCUGCUCUCUGAAGGGAACAGAAAGGUGACCUGGGUGGAGGAGGAGCAGCCGUAUCCUGAUCACACAGAGAGGUUUGAUCGCUGUCUGCAGGUUCUGUGUGAACAGGGACUAAAAGGACGCUGUUACUUUGAGUUUGAGGUGUCAGAGCAUUUCUGUGUUGGGUUAACAUACAGAAAUAUUGGCAGGAAAGGGGAUGUUGAUGCCUGCAAGCUGGGACACAAUGACAAGUCGUGGUGUCUGAUUUCUGCUGAUGAGGGUUUUUUUGUUCAGCACAACAAAGAGAAGGUCUGUGUAACUUCUCAGGCCUUGCGCUCCAGUCGGGUCGGGGUGUAUCUGGAUUCGGAGGCCAAAAGUUUGUCCUUUUACAGAGUUUCCUCUGACAGUCUCGUCCACCUCCACACCUUCAAAUCAACCUUCACUGAUGUUCUCUACCCUGCCGUUGCUCUUCACACUCAUUCAUCUGUAUUGUUUUGUCAGCUAACAUAGAAACAUCUCUCACUGCAGGCAGGUUAACAGCCAAACGAGUAGAUUUUCACAGAAAUAGGAGCAAUUACUAUCUAUGACUAAACCUUAGUUAGUUAGUGAGUCCGGUCUAAACAUUGCUCCCAGUAAUCAUUUCUUUUCAACCGGAGAAAAGUAGAUAGAACCAGAACAUGGAGUCAGAAUGUGGAGACACGUUAGUGCUGUCUUUGAAGUUUGAGGUUUUUUUAUUAUAUAUAGAUGUAAACUACCAUGUAAGUACCUCUUUAGGUUGAUAAACCUGGGAGCUGUAAGAGGUUUGUGUUGGCAGAUUUUUGUCUGUUCUCGGGAUCAAAUCAAGGAUAUUUAGGAAGUUGUGUAAACCAAAUGUGCGGUGAUGCAGACAGAAAAGUGGAGCUGCGUAUAUGGAGGGGAGACAGACAGACAGAGACUGCAGGCAGUUUACUUCCCACUUAUUCUGUCUUUUACUUCAUUGUUGUUAACAAUAAUGUUUAUUUGGCUAUUUUAAUGUGUACAAGUUUAAUGGGAAUUGUAAACUAAGACUUUUAUAUGGUUUUGUUGGGGUUAUUUGUUAAAGAAACUGGUCAGCAUUUUUUGUUGGGAACACAGCACCAGAAAGUGUGUGUUAAGACUUCACACUGAUAGAAAUGAUAGUAAAGUAAAAACAAGUAACACCUUGUUGAACUGGGAAAAAAAGUGAGGUGGGUCUAAUGGGAAGUGUUUCUUAGAACAGCCCUGUAAUAAUAGACACAUUAUAUGACUGAAUAGAUUUAGCUUAACACAUUAACAACAGCUAUUAAAAGUUGAUGCUGACUGAAUACUUAUUGUCUAUUAUUAUCCAAUUAAACAAAAGUAAACAAAAGUUGGAAGUAAAACCAAGUCAACAAACUUGAAAUAUAAGGCUCAGACCAAAAGUUAUAAAAAUGGCAGCAGCAAAAUAAAAGCCUCAAAAUCCAGGAGGUGUUUUCUGUGGGCGACUAUAAAUAUCUCUCCAAAAAGCUUCUCCUAAAAUAAAAUUUUUAACCGUUAAAUUAAAUACCAAAGGUGUUCUUAUCCAAUGACCCAAGCUGCUAAAAUGAUUAUUCAUGAAUUUAUCCUUUGCUUUGUCCACCAACAGUAUUUUGUGUGAAUUCUGUGUUUGUAACUAUUUUAGAAGUUCACUUUAAAGUUUGUUGUUACAUUUUGUUGUUUAGAGAUGCACUGUUUUCCACUGCAUGUGUUACAUCAUUAACUAUGUUUAACAGUAUAACGUCUAUAUGCACGUUAGCAAAAACAAGAAAGCACUUUUUAUCUACUUGAGCAGUGUUUGAAAUUUGCAUCUUGUGGUCAAAAAUAAAUCCUUUCGUAAUGAGAUGUGAUAUAUUAACAGCAAAUAAGAUCCAGGUUUCAGCACUUUAAAAGCAGUAUGUGAGUGAUUUAAUAGUUCAAGCUGUUCUCUCAGCCUGAAGUAAAAGUUGAACAGUCAGUGAGGUGACAGACUCUUUAUGAGGAAGAAAUACUUUGGCAGCAUUCUGUUACAAUGGAUUACUCCAACCACUCAGGCCUGCAGAAAAAAUAAAUUAUCAUAAAAAUGGAUUAUUGACAAAGUAGUGAAAGGUAAAAUUUCAUAAAGUUAAUGAGGACUUCUCCAAAUGUGGACACACGAUCCUUUCCCCCACCCAAUUAUAUUUGUAUGUUUUAUGAUCUGCUUGCUGUCAGCUUCUGCUGCUCUGUGUAGAUUGAGCUGAGAUCGGUUUAGGGGAGAAAAGCCAAAUGAUAUGAAAUCAUUUUCUUUAAAUGCUUCUUGUUCCACUUUUUAUUCUUCUUCAAAGAGUAGCUUUCAGUUUAAGUGUCUCUUUCUUUGAUAUUAUUAAAAGUAUGUAAGUAAGAUAAAUAUCUUUCCACAUUACCUGCUGUAUUUUUUUACUGUGUGCAUUUCUUGUACCAGUUAAAAAUAAACCAUUAGAUUCCUAAAA